CAAUUUUUUUUAUUUUUGCUCCCUUCCUUUGUUUCCUUAGUCCAAGACCGUGGGGCCUAACUUUUUCAUCUAUACAUAAUGCUUAAAUCCAUGGUCUCUGCACUGCUGCAAUCGCUUACCAUGAUCAUCUUUUUAUUAUCGGCUAUUCCAUUAAUCGUCCAUUUUCGGCUGCGCAACUGGCCCGCUUUCUACAUCUCUCUGUGGUUAACUGUAUAUAACUUGAUCCAGUUCGCCAAUAUCACACUGAGCCAACACAUCUUCGAUGACUCAAAGCAGGAUAAUAUUUAUCAAUUUUGCACAAUCUAUGCGGGAACCACCACAGCACUCCAAUUAGCUAUUUCAUUUGGCAGUUUUCGACUAUUGCAGCAACUGUGCUCUCUUGUAACGCCAGCAGAACGAUGGACGCUUCGGAAACGUUUGCUCGGGGUGUUGUCGUCCUCACGAAAGGCGAGCGACAGCGAUGCAGAUCAUACAACACACCGUUCAGUCUCCAGCACGAUCAUCUACUCAGCUUCUCACACAUCGAGCCAUUCCUCAUUUGGUUCUUGGUACAGAUCGAGAAUUGCCGUCUAUCACAGCCGAAUCACCGAUUUCUUUUGGGGAAUCGCACUACCGAUAGCCCUUAUUGUAAUAUGGAAAACAUCCUCUGCUACCUUGCCAAAAAACCAAGACGCAUUCCAAUACGUCUAUCUUUCCGGUGUGGGAUGUGCCAUGGUCAUGGUCGACAGCUUACUCUCGGUUUUAAUAUUGUGUAUUACGCCUGCUGUCAUGUCGGCAUGCAGCCUCUAUUAUACUGUUUAUAUCAUCGUACGACUGGCGUCCAGUCGCCGUGCUCUGAACGCCCUGUUAGCCGAAAGAACAUCCAUCAGCCAGUCCACCUUUCAACGACUGGUCGGAUUUUGUGCGUUUUAUGAUAUCAUUGCCAUGGUUUAUACUAUUUACAGCAUGGUCUAUUUUUUCACAAAUACUGCACCGACCAUCCCGAUGCCAGAAGACGAAUUGAUCAUGCUCAACAAACUCGCAUUGUGGUCGAAACCCUUGAUAUCACCUACUAUUCUACUUUUGGCUGUCCUGUCACUGGCGUGGAUAUUAUUCUUUGGAACGAAUACGGAAGCCAUCAAUAUGUAUCGUCAAAUCUACGGGCCAGAUAUGUGAAUCGUUAUCAUCCUGUAACUUGCGACAACCAUGCUCAACAUCCGUGGAUUCAGUAUCGCAAAUAACUCUGGUGUAUGCGAAUGCCCCUCCUGCAGCAAGCCAUGAAUUCAUCAAUAUGAGGAAUAUUCCCCACAGCAUACAUGCGUACGAUAUACUUUUUCCACCGUCUGCACAUCUACAAAGGAGAAACACUUAUCUUUAAUGCAGCUUCAUGUUGCCAGUCAUCCUCAUUUUUUUCCUCCAACUUACUGUAUUUCUCAUGUUUCUACACCAAAAACACAUAUACACACACUCUGCC